CUUAUAUUUUGUUUGCUUCCUUCAGGUUUUGAAUGAAGAAUGCGAUCAGAACUGGUACAAGGCAGAACUCAAUGGAAAAGAUGGCUUCAUUCCCAAGAACUACAUAGAAAUGAAACCACAUCCGUGGUUUUUUGGAAAGAUUCCCCGAGCAAAGGCUGAAGAGAUGUUAGGCAAACAGAGACAUGAUGGUGCCUUCCUCAUCAGGGAGAGCGAGAGUGCUCCUGGGGACUUCUCCCUCUCUGUCAAGUUUGGAAACGAUGUGCAGCACUUCAAGGUGCUUAGAGAUGGGGCUGGCAAGUAUUUCCUCUGGGUGGUGAAGUUCAAUUCUUUGAACGAGCUGGUAGAUUAUCACAGAUCCACAUCUGUCUCCAGGAACCAGCAAAUAUUUCUCCGGGACAUAGAGCAGGUGCCACAGCAACCAACGUACGUUCAGGCCCUGUUUGAUUUCGAUCCCCAGGAGGAAGGAGAGCUGGGCUUCCGUCGGGGAGACUUUAUCCAAGUCCUUGACAAUUCUGACCCCAACUGGUGGAAGGGAGCCUGCCACGGACAGACGGGCAUGUUUCCACGCAACUAUGUGACCCCUGUGAACCGGAACAUCUAGAGAUAAAUAUUAGAGAUUAUUUAAAGAAACCAGAGAAACAGUAAAUACACAUACAGAGCCUAACUGCAGCCAGUGACCUAAAAUCACACGGCGAUAAAACCUGAGUCACCUUUCACCAUGAGGUGAUCCUCCUUCACUCAGUACGGAACUUCAGGGGUGGGGGGAACGAGUUCAACUUACACACCAAAACUUAUCUU